CUUUCGCUCUCUCUCGCUCUCUGUGGAAGAAGCACAUUGUUCAACGCGGGCUCGUUAUUACAGCACCAAUGAAAACCUGGGCUGCGCUUUAGCUCCUGAUUAAUGAACACUUUGUGUCAGGAGAUCAGAUACCUGAAGACGGAGGAGAGGAGACCGGGAACAUUUUGUUUUGUACAGAUACACAGAUUUCUUUUUUUCUCUUCCUCUCCCUGGUCGUCGCUCUUGUCGCUAAUUAGACCUCUGCUCGUUCGGUGGCGCGCCUGGUGAGCAGCCGUGGUGAAGAUGACGGAGUACAAGCUGGUGGUGGUCGGGGCUGGAGGUGUGGGCAAGAGCGCCCUCACCAUCCAGCUCAUCCAGAACCACUUUGUGGACGAGUACGACCCCACCAUCGAGGAUUCGUACAGGAAGCAGGUGGUGAUUGACGGCGAGACGUGCCUGCUGGACAUCCUGGACACUGCAGGUCAGGAGGAGUACAGCGCCAUGCGGGAUCAGUACAUGAGGACGGGGGAGGGCUUCCUGUGCGUCUUCGCCAUCAACAACACCAAGUCAUUUGAGGACAUCCACCAGUACAGGGAACAGAUCAAACGCGUCAAGGACUCGGACGACGUUCCCAUGGUGCUCGUGGGAAACAAAUGUGACCUCCCAGCGCGCACGGUGGACACGAGGCAAGCCCAAGAGCUGGCUCGCUCCUAUGGCAUACCGUACAUCGAAACCUCUGCUAAAACACGACAGGGAGUAGAAGAUGCCUUUUACACACUAGUGAGAGAGAUCAGACAGCACAAGCUGAGGAAGCUGAACCCGCCCGAUGAGAGCGGCCAGGACUGUAUGAGCUGUCGCUGUGUGGUGUCGUGAUCCAGCUCGUCUUGAGGCGUUGAGGAGAAACGCUACAGCUCCAAGUGGCAGCAUGGACUCAAAGACAGGAAGAUAAAACAAGUCAACGAAGAAACAUGAACUUUUUUCCAAAAAAGAGGACGAUUGAAGCGAACGGUCUUGUGGAAACCACCCGUGCUGACUGAACCAUAGACUUUCUUAUCAGAGGAGGGUUCUGGACUUGAUGCCGAAGCGGCUGGCUGAACCAGCCCGUUCCGCUCCCUCCUCCUCCUCCUCCUCCUCCUCCUCCUUUGUUUUUUUUUUGUUUCGUUGGUCCACAUCGGCCCGAGAGCAACGCCACUGAAUGACUGUCUGUCGACUCCAGCGUGGUCUCGCUGAGUCGCUCCACAAUGUACCUGCUAACUUAUUGUUUUCAGUCUCAACACUGGUCGUAAACGGAGGCGUUUCCUCCACCCUCCCCCCCCCCACCCGCCCAUCCGCCAGGAGGAUUGAUCGGCCUGCAUGGAAAGGACUGGAAUGGACAUUUAGAAACCCAAACAAGUUUCACAAAGACGCCCCCACCUUUGUCUCCACCUGGCUUUGCUCGUCGUUACAGCGGAUUCAGGGCUGGAAGCCGACAUGGGAACUUUUUGUUUAAUUAGCUGUAAAAAGAAAAGAAAUCCUGUUUUUGAUAUUUGUGAUGAUCAGAUUCUGAAAGUCCCGGGCACUAUAAGUGAAGAGGAGCGCUUGUUUUAGACGGCUUGACGUUUUUAUUGACAUCCCCGACGUAGCGAAAGCUGCACCGCGAUUGAUGGAUUUUUCAGGUUACCGCUGCCUUCUCUCUGUGCAGAUGCUUAAUUGCGAGUUGUUUUUGUGGAAUAGUAAUAAUGGCGGAGGCUCGUGUGCGUAGGAACUUUCCAACUCACACAAAGUAUUGGGAGUAAAUCAACCGUCUUCUGUUUAAGGAGAGGUACAGUGCAUGGAAAGGAAUGGAAAGGCCGGAAUGGGACGGAUGACCUUCGUUUGUACAGUUAAUUGGUGACCGUGACGGUUUCAGAUUUUAUUUUAGUUUCACUACAGCUGUUGUAAGAACAGCUCUUUUUUUUUUUUUUUUUUUUUUUAAUUGCAAGAAUCGCUUCUUGUGGAUAACAAGGCUCAGGAAUCAGGGUCCAGGAAAGAGGUCUCAUCUAACAGUCCUGGGCAGACCAGGGUUAAGGAACGCCACGGUUUUUAGUUUUUUAACAGUGUAACGCACAAGUCCUGCCUCAGUUUUUUUUUUUCCAACACAGCGUACUAUCCUCAAGCCGCUCCCGUCUCCGCCGCCAAUCACCAGCGACGGCGUGCGAGCUCCGGGCGUGCGUCGCUCUCCAUAACUGUAUUAAUUUGCUGCCAGAAGGAGACUGAUCCGUGUUUACUUUGCCUUAUCUGUUGGCUAGUUUGUACCUCACGUAUGCAGAAAGGUCGAGAUGAUUCUCUUUUGUUCGCUGUACUGUUUUGAUUGUGUGUAUGUGUGUGUGUGUGUAUAUGUGUGCAACAAAAAAAAAUGUUGACCUGGGACGUGCACUGUACAGGAAAGGCAAAAAAAAAGAAAGGAAAAAGAACACUACCAGUUUAGGCUUUUGUUGUUCAGGCAUUCCAGCCCAAGUUGAACCACCUUGUCUUAAACGAUUGACGGCGUUUCAGUCCUCCGACCGCGGAACACGCAGCAGCUCUCGCUCCGACUGUACGCAGACGAUACAAGUUAAUUACGUUCCUCAUGGGGUUUUAAACACUACAGGUCAGAUUUUCGCAGGACGUUUUGAAUGCUAAUAUCUAUUUUUAACAUCUUCUGUGAAGAAGAUCAGUUUAUUGGGGGUUUUUUUGGCUUUCAGAGAAAAUCCUUUUAUGUCUGGCCUAAUUAAUUUUGUACAGUUCCACUGAUUCAGUUUCCUUUCACUCACGGCUUACAGAAAUAGUUGUUUAUCUGAAAACUAUUCAAAAGACACGAAUCUGUCUUUAAUUGUGUUUUUUUUUUUUUUUUUUUUUUUUUUUUUUAACAGUGUGUUUAAUCCGAUUUAAUAAUGGCGGCCCCUUCCUUUGACCAUGUCCUUCACCACAUUUUAGUGUGGAUAUUUGGAAUUUGUCCACAUGUCACAGUCCUGAUGGCAUCCUUGUCCUUUCCCUGUCGAUCUUCAAACCUCAGCACCCAUCACGAUACCGUAACAUGGCAAAUAAAUCAUCUAUGCAUUAAAAUUUGCCCCUGCAUUGUAAUGGCAGCAUUAUGCUUCUAUGCGAACCGCCAGUAUCCUCGUCAGGAAGCCUGGCGAGCCAGACCGAAGACUGGACCGACCGUUUGGGGGUUUUGCACAAGGAUGACAGUGGACUCGAGGGCUCGUGUGGGAGGAGUUUUGUGGAAAUGUGGAAACUGUUUAGCUAUUUAAGAUGUAUUUACUCUUUGAAAAUGUGUCAAAAAUG